CUCGACUGAAGAGCACACGCUAGAGUGGGAUACAUGAACAACGUUUGGUUUUCUGGCAAGCGCUUUUUCGAGAAGCAAGAGAGAGAGCAAUAAGUGAUUUUUAUCCACUCACCGCAACAGAAGAAGGCGUCGGAAGAUUUUGCCAGAAUUUGUUCUCCGCUUUGCGAUCGGAUUUUGACCGGAAAACCUGCACGAAACCAACAUGAACGUCGAGGAGGAAGUGCUCAAGAUCCAGAAGAAACUGGGAAAGAUGACUUCUUCCGACGGAACGGGUCAGGAGCAAGCGCUGGACCUACUGCGGGAACUGCAGCGUCUGAAUAUCGACCUCGACAUACUGACCAAAACCCGUAUCGGAAUGACCGUAAACGAGCUGAGAAAGUGUAGCAAGGACGACGAGGUGAUCAGUUUGGCUAAAUCGUUGAUCAAAAGCUGGAAGCGUUUCUUGGCCGCGACUCCACCGUCGAAGGAGUCCUCCAAGGAAUCGUCGAAAUCGUCGAGCAAAUCUUCUAGCAAGAGCAGCAAAUCCGAUAGCAGCGGCAAAAAGGACUCCGACAAGGACAAGGAGGUCAAAAAACAGUCUCAGACAAGUUUCCCGCCACAGUCUAGCAAUACAACGGAUGCCGUUCGUCUGAAGUGCCGCGAGAUGCUCGCCAAUGCUCUCCGGGUGGAAGGAGAACAGCCGGAAGGUUGUCAAACGCCCGAAGAGCUGGCCGAGGAGCUGGAAGAAGCCAUUUUCGUCGAGUUCAAGAACACGGACAUGAAAUACAAGAAUCGCGUUCGCUCUCGGGUAGCGAAUCUAAAGGAUCCCAAAAAUCCCAGCUUGAGAAGUAACUUUGUCAGUGGAGCCAUCACCGCCCAACGCCUUGCCAAAAUGGCCCCUGAAGAAAUGGCCAGCGAUGAAAUGAAGAACCUGCGUGACCGAUUCGUCAAAGAAGCCAUUAACGAUGCGCAACUGGCAACUAACCAGGGAACCAAAACUGACCUGCUGAAGUGCGGUAAAUGUAAGAAACGUAACUGUACAUAUAACCAACUACAGACGAGAAGCUCCGAUGAACCUAUGACAACUUUCGUCCUAUGUAACGAAUGCGGUCAUCGCUGGAAGUUUUGCUAAACUGAUACCAAGAAACAUUUCAACAAUUCUUUUAGUUUUGUUCUUUUUGAUUGAAUGAAUUCAACCACCCUAAAAUCACCAACGAAAAAAGGCAAAACCGCAUAUUUUAUACCUUAUAUUUAAACCAUACGAGUGUGUUGAUGGAACGAGCGAAACUGCUAAUCCCUUUUAUUCGUAGAAAAGGACAGUUCAAUUCAUUUCAUAGGGGAAUUAUUUUUUAAUUCAUUCGCGAUGCCCUUGCACUUCAAAAUAUGGGAGUUUAAUGAACCACGUGUUAUAUCCGUAGUUUAUGCUUGAUACGCGUGACAAUGAAUCUUUGGAUUCGUUAGAACCAUUAGUAUUCUGAAAGUUUACUAAAACUUCUGAUGAAUACAAAGUAUGACCCAUUUAACACAGAUAUGAUAAUUUAAUUAAAUGUUAAGUUGUGAAACCUGCAUAGUGUGUAAAGAAAUAAAGAUGAAAACGAAA